AUGGCUAUGUAUGUUUCAGCCGCCACCCAAAAUGCCGCCCCCAAUGUUACCCGUCGGUCUGCAAAUUACCAUCCUAGCGUUUGGGGAGACCAUUUUCUCAGAUAUGCUUUUGACACUACACAAAGUGAUACUCAUUCAGAGCAACAACAUCAACAACUGAAAGAAGAAGUGAAGAAGAUGUUAGGGUCAGUUGAUGAUAAGCCAUCACAGCAACUGAACUUGAUUGAUGCAAUCCAACGUCUAGGUGUGUCUUAUCAUUUCGAGACUGAGAUUGAUGUAGCUCUACAACACAUAUACGAUGCUUGUCAUGAUUGUGAUGAUAAAAACGGUGAUGACCUAUAUACCACAACCCUUCGUUUUCGAUUACUCAGGCGACAAGGAUAUAAUGUUUCAAGUGGAUUGUUAAGCUUGUUCGAAGCAACACAUCUCAGAGUCCAUGGAGAAGAUAUAUUAGACGAAGCACUAGCUUUUACUACCAUGCAUCUCAACUCCUGGUUACCCCACUUAAGUGAUCCUCUGGCAGAACAAGUGAAUCAUGCACUACAACAGCCCAUAUACAAGGGCUUGACAAGGCUAGAGUCAAGGUUUUACAUGUCAAUUUAUCAAGAAGACGAUUCCCAUAAUCGAGUACUACUACACUUCGCAAAAUUAGAUUUUAACCUAUUACAAAAAGUGCAUCAGAGGGAGCUGAGUGUUAUCACAAGGUGGUGGAAAGAGUUAGACUUUGCCAGAAAACUAUCUUUUGCAAGGGACAGAUUGGUGGAGUGUUACUUUUGGAUACUUGGGGUGUACUUCGAGCCUAAAUAUUUCUUUGCAAGAAAGCUAAUGACCAAAGUAAUUGUCCUGGCCUCCACUGUGGAUGACAUAUACGAUGUAUAUGGGACCCUUGAAGAACUCGUGCUUUUUACUGAUGCGAUCGAAAGGUGGGACAUCAAUGCAUUAGAGCAAUUACCAGAGUACAUGAGACCAUUUUAUCGUGCACUUUUAGAUGUUUACAAUGAAAUGGAGGAAGAGAUGGCUAGGGAAGGCAGAUCAUACUGCAUCCACUAUGCUAAAGAAGCAAUGAAGAAAUUAAUCAGAGCAUACUUGGAAGAGGCCAAAUGGUUUAAUGAAGGCUAUGCUCCAACAAUGGAAGAGUAUAUGAAAGUCGCACUAGUUUCAAGCGGUUACAUGAUGCUUUCCACCACUUGCAUUGUUGGCAUGGGAGAACUAGCAACCAAUGAGGCCUUUGAUUGGGUGUCAAGUGAACCUCUAAUUGUAAGAGCUUCAUCAACAAUUGCCAGACUCAUGGACGAUGUGGCGGGGCACGAGAUUGAGCAAGAGAGAGGAGACGCAGCGUCAGCUGUGGAAUGUUACAUGAAACAACAUGGUGCCUCAAAACAAGUGGCUAUGAUGAGUUUGACAAUCAAGUUACAAAUGCAUGGAAAGAUAUAA